CUCGGGCCUGACCUGGCUGCGCCAGUUCGCGAGCAUCGGCGGGAACAGGCCCGAGCAGUUCCGCUGCGACGCCCAGGCGCUGCACUGGUACGGCGAUGCCAGUUUGGGCAGUGGCGCGGACCAGGCGCGGCUGUUUAUUGACUAUGUCGGCCGCGCGCAUGGUACUGUGAACGACAUCUUCCAUCGGGAUAUGGAUUUGUGGAUCACCGAGUUCGCGCCCGAGCCAAAGGAGAACCCGGAUGUCAUGGCCGACUUCCUCCAGGUCGCCAUGCCCUGGCUCGACGCCCAGCCCUACGUCGCCCGCUAUAGCCCGUUCAAGGCCGAGUUCAUGCUCGACGGCAACCGGAACCUGAAUGCGGCUGGCAAUGUCUUCAUCUUUGGCCACAGGUAAAGGGGCUCUUUGGGGGGGGGUUUACUCUGGCUGUCUCUACCCGCUUCGUUCAUCUCUUCGUUGUGUAUCUAGACGGAACAUUCGGACUCGGGUUUUCUUUGGCUUUGUAUAUAUGGGGAGAUUGGAUUUGGGACUUUUAUUUUCAUCCUGUACCAUAUUUGAUACUUUUUUAGAGUUGCUUGUUUGUUUGUUCUGUAACGCUGGUUCAGGGCUAGAUGUACC